ACGCGGCGCCGGGUAGUAACGGCAGAACGGCGGCAGCGCGGAGCGGAGCGAGAACGGAGCGGAGCUGAGCCCCGGUAACGGGACGGGGAGCGUGGGGAGCAGCCGGCACCGCCGCGCCUUGUGCCGGGCUCCUCACCGGGCCGCUCGGGGACGGCUGUGUCCGAACCUUCGCACCGUUACCGUCCGCCUCCCGCUCUGCUCAUCCGCCGCCGCGGUUCCCCCGGUACCGUCCGGUCGUUCCUCGCUGACCCGCCCGGUGUCCGCACGCGAUGUCGGUCAGCAGCCACGAGAACCGGAAAUCCCGCUCGAGUUCGGGCUCCAUGAACAUCCACCUCUUCCACAAGCCGGGUCACGCCGACAGCCUCCUCACCCAGCUCAACCUGCUCCGCAGGCGGCUCCUCUUCACCGACGUGGUGCUGCGGGCCGGGAACCGCUCGUUCCACUGCCACCGAGUGGUGCUGGCCGCCUGCAGCCGCUACUUCGACGCCAUGUUCAGCGGCGGCCUGAAGGAGAGCAGGGACGCCGAGGUGAACUUCCACGACUCGCUGCACCCCGAGGUGCUGGAGCUGCUGCUGGAUUACGCCUACUCGGCUCGAGUGCUGAUCAACGAGGAGAACGCAGAGUCCCUGCUGGAGGCCGGAGACAUGCUGCAGUUCCACGACGUGCGCGACGCUUCGGCCGACUUCCUGGAGAAGAACCUGUACCCCGGGAACUGCCUGAACAUGCUGCUGCUGUCCGAUGCCCACUGCUGCCAGCGGCUGCUGGAGCUGUCCUGGAGGAUGGCAUUGGCCAACUUCACCUCCCUCUGUAAGACUGAAGAUUUCCUGCGGCUGCCCAAAGAUAAACUGCUGGAGCUGGUGGAGAGCGAAGAGCUGGAGGUGGAGGAUGAGACCGUGGUGUAUGAAGCUGUGAUGGGCUGGAUCCGGUACGAUCUGCCCCGGAGACACGAGGAUCUGCCCGAGCUGCUGCGCUCCGUGCGCCUGGCGCUGCUGCCCGAGUCCUACCUGCGCAAACAGGUGGCGUGUGAGAAGCUGGUGAUGGGCCACAAGUUGGGGGAGGAGAUCGUGGCCGACGCGGUGAGGUGCAAAAUGAAGAUCCUGCAGAAUGAUGGCGUGGUGACGGGGUGCUGCGCCCGGCCCCGCAAGGUCAGCCAGGCCUUAUUGCUGCUGGGCGGCCAGACCUUCGUGUGUGAUAAGAUCUACACGUUGGACCAGAAAACCCGUGAGAUCAUUCCCCGCGCCGACAUCCCGAGCCCUCGCAAGGAGUGCAGCGCCUGCGCCAUCGGCUGCAAGGUGUACAUCACCGGGGGGAAGGGCUCUGAGAACGGCGCCUCCAGGGACGUCUGGGUGUACGACACGCUCCACGACGAGUGGGCCAAGGCUGCUCCCAUGCUGGUGGCUCGGUUCGGCCACGGCUCCGCAGAGCUGGACCACUGUCUGUACGUGGUGGGAGGGCACACGGCAGCGAGCGGGGCCUUCCCGGCCUCUCCAUCCGUCUCUCUCAAGCAAGUGGAACACUACGACCCCCAGCUGGACAAGUGGUCGUUGGUGGCCCCUCUCCGGGAGGGCGUAAGCAACGCCGCCGUGGUGGGGGCCAAGAUGAAGCUGUUUGUUUUCGGCGGCACCAGCGCCAACCAGGAGAAGCUGCCCAAGGUUCAGUGCUUCGACCCCCAACAGAACCGCUGGACGGUGCCCGGCAGCUGCCCGCAGCCAUGGCGGUACACGGCAGCAGCCGUGGUGGGCAGCCACGUCAUCGUCAUUGGGGGGGACACGGAGUUCUCAGCCAGCUCCGCUUACCGCUUCCACUGCGACACCUUCCAGUGGUCCAAGUUUGGAGAUGUGACCGCCAAGCGCAUCAGCUGCCGCGCCGUUACGUCGGGCAAUAGGCUGUACGUGGUGGGGGGGUAUUGUGGGGAGCAGCGCUGCAAGACCUUGGACUGCUACGAUCCCUCAUCCGACACCUGGAGCAGCGUCACCACCGUGCCCUACUCCCUCAUCCCCACCGCCUUCGUCAGCACAUGGAAGUACCUGGCUGCAUGAAGGAGAUGGGAGGUGAACAGUCGGCCUAGAGCUGCUCUGUGACCGUGCUGUGUGAGGGCUGAACCCUGCAGGGGUUGCAGUCCAGCAGAUCUUGCAGAAGCAUCAUCUGGUCAUAUGCUUCAAGGCUGGAGCUCAAACGCUGCUGGAAGAUGAGUAUAAAUAACAAGACACUGAACCUGGCAUCCUCGUCCUUCCACUGAGUCCUGGCCUAUGCAAAGAUUUUGGGGAAUGCUCUCAGUGAGCAGGAUUGGGUGUCCUGGUGCUGUCUGAGCCCAUUGCUGUGUUUACUUAAUGGUGCCACGAGGGGCGGCUGCUGCUUUUAGCACUGCUCCCCCCUCCUGGUGCCACAGUUAAUCUGCUGGUGGCACCCAAAUGUCCUGUGGGACGUGAGGGCUGCGGGCUGGUGCCAGAAUAAGAUGAUAGCAGUCGGUAAUUGCCUUUGUAAGACAAGCCCUGUCUACAUAUAAACACAGGGUUUAUCCACUUCUAAUUAUUCUCUGGCGUCCCCUCCGUGCCAUUUCUUUCCUGCUACUCAGCAAUUAACUUCUUCAAAACUUGUGACCAGAAUUAAACUCUUCCAGGCGCUGCAGGGAGAAAAGAUGCCGGUGAAUCACGGAUCCCUGUGGUGUCUGUUUUCACCUUUUCCCUUUACAAGAGAUGUGCUGCUCACACCGGGCGGCGCAAUGAAGUGUUCUGAAGCACCUACAGAAGGUUCCAGGCUGCAUUGUUCCGUAGGCUCAGAGUUGGUUGCAAGACCUGAGGAGCUCUAUGGGGCUGGAGAUGGUGAGAGGGGUCCGUGUUUCCUCCUCGCUCAAACUCCCAGCCCAGAAACCAGAGGAUUCUUUUCUACUUCUUUCAGUGUUUUAAGUGGUUAUUUACUGGGAAGGACAAAGGAAACUCUUCAGCAACUGGCAGCUCCGGGCUGUGACUUGGAACGCAGUCAGCACCAGAUGCAGUUGCCUGUAAUGGCUGAACACGUGACGGCACUUUGCCCAUGGGGCUGAUCCCGUACAUUUUUUAUACAACAGUUGUGUGUGUUUAUUACUCAGCCUGGAGCUGCUUCAAUAAACCUGAAUGAAUCCUA